AUGAAGUUGUUUGGCGCCCUCCUUGUCGCGUCCGCUGCCGCCACCAAGCAGUCGGUGAGCACGCUGUCGGCGGAUGAGCGCUCCGAGCUGCGCGCCGAGUUGGCCAAGUGGCGCGAAGAGUUUGGCGCUGCGGCCGAGGCGCAGGGUGUGAUGCCCCGCGCCAUGGAAGGCUCGAGCCCGUUGGACGCGGAAAACGACGCGCUCCAGCGCUUCUACGACAACAAGCUCGCGAUCGAAGAGGCCAGCCGCAACAACCCUGAAGCCACGUUCGACUACAACCACCCGUUUGCUCUGAUGACGCAAGCUGAGUUCAAGAAGUUCGUGGAGGGUGUGUCCUUUGAGGAAAGCCGCAGUGCGUUCCGCUCGGUCCCCGAGGCCGACUUGAACGUGAGCGGCGUCCAGGCGGCGACUGUGGACUGGACGACCGGCAAGUGCGUGAACCCCGUGCGCAACCAAGGCCAGUGCGGGUCGUGCUGGGCCUUCUCGGCCGUGGGUGCCGCGGAGCCGGCGCACUGCAUCGUGACGGGCGAGCUCCUCGACCUGUCCGAGCAGCAAGUGACGAGCUGCUCCACCGCGAGUGGUAGCGCGGGGUGCAACGGCGGUUGGCCGUAUGCCGCCAUGACGUACGUGUCGACGACGGGGCUCUGCUUGGAGAAGGACUACCCGUACACGUCGGGCAGCACGAGCCAAACCGGCACGUGCAACGCCAACUCGUGCACCAAGAAGAAGCUCAGCAUUGGCGCGACCGUCCGCGUGAAGGGUGAGGCGGCGCUGGACGCGGCUCUCAACACGCAGCCUCCGUCGGUGCUGGUCGAAGCGGGUAACUCGGUGUGGAUGAACUACCGCUCGGAUCCGCAACUCGUGGGGCACCAACUGGGGUGA